AUGGUAAAAUCAGAAGGAACCGACAACGGCCGCUCAGCCCAAAGAAACAAAUACUACAAAUUCGACAGUGCCGGUCGGGGCCGUGGUGGCGGGCGUGGCGGACGAGGGGGGCGUGGAGGGAAGCCAAGUGGUCCGGGACGUGAACCAUUAGAAGACAAGGACAAAAGUCAAGUGGCAGCCCCGGAGAAGGUCUUUGUUUUGACAAAGUACCGCGAAAAGCCUCUCCCAGAGAUGAUCACCUCCCCCGGAAUAUUCAUCUCCACCACAAAAGACCGCGAAAAAGCCGCCGAGCUCGAGCUCUUACAAUACCUCGAAACCAUAGCCGACGAGCUUUAUCCCGAGACGGCGGAAGCAGCCGUCAAGCCAGAUGAGGAGAUGGAUUUUGAAGAGAUGUUGAAAAAGGAUUUGGAUUCGAUGAAGGAGGAUGGGGAAAAGUCAAAGAGGUUUAGGCUGUGUUUGAGGGAAGGAUUUUGUUUGCUCUAUGUGAAUGUCCUCCCGCCGCUAGAUCCUCAUAGGAUCGUCCGAUAUAUCCUAGAACAAGCCGAGUCCACAGGAAAAUACCCUCUCAAGCAUUGCAAGAGACUAGUACCCAUCCCAGAAACCUCCGGCGCAACGCUCAAACAACUAUCCGACCUCGCCGCCAAAAUCGUCAAACCAGCAUUCGACACGCCAGACCAUAGAUCAUUUAAAUUUGCAAUAGACACAAACUCGCGCCACUCUGAAAAACUCGAAAGACUAGACAUGAUCAAGACCGUCGCUGAGCAAGUCACAAACCUGGGGCAAGGGCAUGUGGUGGAUUUGAAAAAGCCGGAGAAGAGUGUUAUUGUUGAGGUUUACAAAAAUAAUUUGGGGGUGACAGUUUUGGAAGAUUUCGAUCGGUUCAAAAAAUAUAAUCCCGGAUCAGUAGCCACUCAAGCGUCUCUCAGGCUUUCCAAAGCCAAAGCCGCGUCCAUCUCAAACCCUGCCGAGCCUUCCACAUCCACAUCCACCACCACCUCCGCAUCCGGUCCGAAAGCAGAGCAAACCCAGACCCCGUCGAAAGCCCAACAAGCACACGAACGAAGUCGCCGUCGUGCCUCCCAAAUCGCCCAUGCCCACCCUUCCCCUUCUGCCGAGUUUGACGCGCCUCCAGCAAAGAAGACAAAGACAGAGACAGGAGCAGAUGGAGAGGGAGAGGGAGAAGACGGAGAAUGGAUGAUAACGGAGAAAGACGUAGAAAAAGGAGAACUUGUGGAAGGUGAAAAUGGAGAGCAGCUGGGGGAUGGGUUUGAAGAGGUUAUUGAGGGUGGGAAGGUUUUGAGGUAUCGGAAAGAUGAUUCGUCUGUCUAA